AUGCCUUCCCAAAAAUCAACAAAAAUAACGGAGCAACAAGAAGACGCAUUACCAACAGAAACACCAACAGCAGCAGAUUCACCUACAUCCACAGAUAAUAACAAUGAUGAAUCGAUCCUUAAUCAACACGAAGAAUCUACUUCAACUAUUACUAUCACGGCUACCACUACGUCACUUCAAGCACAGUUUGACAAAAAUAUCUCGAAAAAAUCAAAUGUUACUAUUGAUAAUGCUGCUGAUAACAAUAUCGCCGCCACAACAGCCACAGAUACAAUCAAAGAAAGUAUUAUUGCCAUGUCUACAAGUACCACCACCGAUAAUUCAAAAGAGACUCAAACGAAAGCAACGAUCAUACCAACAAAAAAUAAACAAAACAAGAAAGCCGACUUGUCACCUUCCGCGUCAUCAACAACACUAACAACGUUUCAACAUCUCAUUCCAACGCAACAUCACUCCCCGAGAAAACUUCCACCCAAGGAGAUAAACGAAUCGAAUAUCGCUGAUCGAUAUAUCGAAUUCAUCUUCUACUGUAACCCUUCCGCACCAAUUGAAACUGACGUGUCAUCCUUGCAACGCGCUUUUCAAGCUGUUCCGAAAUCGGACGGAAAGGUUUUCCAUCCAUACGUAUUAUUUCAACUGGUGUGUCGACAUGAGCAAGGCGAGAUUAAGACCUGGACGAAGCUAGCACAGCAAUUAGGCGUGGAAAAAACGGACGAGUCUAGCCCGCAGAAAAUUCAACAAUACGCAGUGAGAUUAAAGAAAUGGAUGCGUUCUAUACAUCUGGAUGCUUUUUUCGAUUAUCUAUUAUCAAAGCCAAAUGAAUACUAUCUCGAACCACACAAGAAUCCAACUGGAACUGAAGAGACUACAACCUCGACAACAGCAGCAAUAGAUGAUGAUGCUGAUGACGCAGAUCUCGUGUUAAAAUUAAUCAAACGGGCAAAUAGCAAACGAAAGAAAAGAAAAUACACUCGACAACCACAACAGCUGAAAGAUGAUUCAAAAGAAAAGUCCACGACGUCAUCAUCUAAGGCUACAAGAAACGAAGAGCGACCUGAGAAAAGAAUCAAAGUCGCUUUUUCUGAAGCGAGUAGUGGAAAUGAUGACGAAGAUGAUGCGGCGGAACCUAUCGAGGAAGAUCUUCAGGAUAUUGAGGGUGAAGAUCCUGAUUUACGUAUUGCCCGUCGUCGAAGUAUUGUCCAGGUUGGAGUUGGACCUCGAUGGGUUAAAGAUGAGGAGGAAGAGGAGUACAAAUAUGAAGACGGUAAUGGAACAGAAGCAUCAUCAUCUGCGUCUGUUGCUACUUCUAAACACAAGGAUGCUACUAAUAAAAAGAAAGCUGCUAGCAAUAAUAGUCGGAGCAAUAAUAAUAACAAAUCAUCAUCGUCAAAAAAUAAUGCUUCAACUCGAAUUUCUUCAGCAGCACCUGCACGUGAAAUACUAUUACACCUCGGAAAAUCAAAACCCUUCGAUCACAUACCAACACCCAAUCCAUCACCAACAGCAGAAAUGCGAUAUCAUCAUCAGCACCCUGGCCAUAGUUCGCUCAGUAGCGUUGCAGGUUUCGAUAGAAAUACCGUCGAUUCUUCAUCCACAGCAUCUGGCAAUAAUACACAGAAUAUCAAAUGGCGUACUAUUUCUAUAGGUGGUGGUCCUUCCGUGGCUCAGGUGUCUACCUCUUCAUCCCUUCAAAAAGGGAUUAAAAGGAAACAUAGCGUUGAUGUAUCACCAACUGGCCAUUAUGAUACAUUUCUUACUUCAAAUUCGCCAGACGCUGUCACCACACUUACCGAACGACUGACGAAAGCGGUUGAAAUGCUGGAAAAAAGUCACCGUCGAAUUGAGCAAUUGGAAAAUUCUAUGCGACAACACGAUGAAGAAUUUCGACGAAAAUUUAACGAGAUGAAAAACGAUAUGGUUGGGUUACUUAAAAGAUGGGGAGAUUAA